AUGGCGCUGCCGCCGCCGGCGGACCCGCGAGGUCCGUCUUCGUUUCCUCCAGCUUUUCUCCCAGGCGAUCCUUUGCUGCGGAUUCUUCCCACCGCCUCGCCCGCCGAGACGAAGCAGGCUGUCGAGCGUUUAUCUCAAGUCGAAGAACAGUUUGAUUUUUCCUCGCCAUUGGCGACAGCCGCGCGAUCCGCGGCCAGCAGCUGCCAAGAACUCACUGCCUCGGCGCCCGCCGCAUUCGUCACCAACUGGCCGCUCUACCCUUAUUCUCCGGCCUAUCUGCGAGGUCGGCACAAGCGCUACGAACCGGCAGAAGGCGACGUCGUCGUGGGCAUUGUCUCCGGGAAGAAAAACGAAGCGUAUUCGGUGAACAUUCGCGCUCGAGGCGACGGCUUUCUGCCUCUGGUCGCCGGCUUCGAAGGCGCUACGCGGCGACACAAACCCGAACUGCAUCGAGGCAGUUUGGUUCUUUGUCGCGUGGAGCGAAUGUCGGCGGAGUUAGGCGCCGAAUUAACUUGCGUAGAUCCCAACUGCAAGAAAUCCUGGACCUCCAAGGAGAAGCUGCUCGGCGAGCUCGAGGGCGGCUUCGUUAUCGACGUACCCCCGCCUCUUGCUAUCAGUCUCGCGUCGCCUCACUGCUUCCUCCUCGAGAGCCUUGGCGAGCGCCUGGCGUUUGAGAUUGCUGCCGGGGCGAACGGCCGCAUCUGGAUCCGCACCAAAGAGGCCGGGGACGCCAUUCUGAUUGGAAACAUUUUGGUCGCCUGCUACGGGAAGGAGCGACACGUGAUGCAAGCGAUUGUCAACACACUCGUCGCGAAGCGCCGAGACGCCUAG